AUGGAGAGCCUUCCAAACGAACUUUUCGACCAGAUCUUCUCCUUCCUCGAUGAGUUAGACCUUCGAUCCGUUUCUCAGGUCAACAACCGUCUACGCCCGAUAGCCCUGUCGCACUACCUCGCAUGUUUCAACGUCCCAGCAUCUAUUCUCUCCUCCUCUGAAGUCUCCACGCUCUCGCUCUCCAUUUCGUCUGCGUUCCAUCUGAUUCUUCUCAUCUCACAUCUUCGCCCCAUUCUUUCACUAGUCUGCUUCGAAUCCCGCACCUCCCAUGGCCCUCAACUGCGCUAUCGCACGCUGGCGCGGAUCAUCUCUCAAGCCCCACCCAUCCCAGACAUCCUUAUCUACAACCGCCAGUAUAUGUUCCAGAAGACCAAGCGCGAAGCAGGCUACCUUCUCUCACGGAUCCCCUCCUCGCGCGACCGCAAGUUGUUGAUAUUCAGCGGCCACCGCACGCUCGUUUCCAUUCCCCGCACAACGCCCGCCGUCCCUUGGCGCCUGCUCCCGCCGCCAUUCUCCGCCGGAGACUCAGAGCUCCUCCGCGUGAUGCUGCUCGUGGUACUCUGCAUCCCGCUCGUCUUUGCGUACUUCGUGACGCUGAUUGUCAAUUCGGUCGUCUUCGCGCGGUGGUUGUAUGCGCUUGUGCGCGGCCCGCCGUGGCCCGCGGAGGACAGGAUCCUGCAUGACGCAGGGCCUCUCGCGUUCGACGAGUGGAUGCGCGUCCAGGUACUGGACGACGACACCACCCUCGCGACACUGGCGAACCAGGCGGCGGUGCUUGCUUUGCGCCCGUUGAGCGGCGUGGGACCCGAGAUGUAUGGCAAGGUCCUACGCACGAUGGAUCUUUCGAAUAAUCUGGUGACACUGAACAUAUUCGAGGGAUGCGGGAUCUGGUUGGGGGACCUGUUGGAAUUCUUGAGCAGACACACGAUGCUGGAGUCGCUCAACAUCCAGCACAACUCUGUUCUCCUUCCUCCGAGUGACGAGCCCAGGAAGAGCCUGUCGCUGUCCUCCAGCGCCAUCAAACAGCUCACUGCCCCUCCACUGUACAUACCGCACCUGCUUCCCAGCACCCCCAACGUCUUCCAGCUGCGACUGACUCUCCCUCCUGCCCCCCGCCGUCUGGGGCGGAAGCACAGCCAUGCCGACACUUAUCGCACAGCGCUAGCGCACAUCGGCGGGCUGCCCAUCGACCAUGAUCUGACUCUGUAUCUCGCACUGUCCCCGACGUCCCCCACAGCGCCCUGGCUGCUCGACAGCCAGCCGUCGGAUGCGGAAUCAGGCGCGCCCCCCGCCGAAGCGCAUCUCACGCACGUGGGGACGCUCGUCCUCGAGGCCGUCGGGCUGAAAUUCAAGGCGGUCCACGUGCACGCGAUGGUGCCAUGGCUGACACGGUUCCCGGCGUUGCGGAUGAUCUCGUUCCCGUUUGGGUCGGUCGAGAAAAUCGCGCCCGAGCAGAGGGCGGCGCUCGUUGCCGAGAUUUGUGCGGCGUGUCGCGGCGUGUCGGGCGCGGGUGAUGUGGCUUUCAAUAUACCUGAGUGA